AUGGGGUGGUCAAGCUGGUUCCUUUUUGUCUAUCUUUCGUGGGGUUUCUUUAUUUCAAGUACUCACGAGUCACAAAAUUAUCAGCUACAGCUUCUUCUGCAGCUAAGAAAGCAUUUGGAGUAUCCUUCACAAAUGGAUAUUUUGGAGGGUUACAAUGGAGACCUUUGCAAUUUAUCUUCAAGUCCAAAUAUGAGAAUUGUUUGCCUUGAAAAUAAUGUCACUGAGCUCCAAAUUACGGGAGACAAGCUUGUCAAGGUUAGUAGUGACUUUCAUGGAUUUGCAAUUCCUAAUCAGACUUUAUCUGAAAGUUUCUCAAUUGAUUCUUUUGUUACUACAUUGACAAGGUUAACUAGCUUGAAAGUUCUUAGGUUAGUGUCUUUGGGGAUUUGGGGACCACUUCCUGAUAAGAUUCACAGGUUGUAUUCACUUGAAGUUUUGGACUUGUGCUCAAAUUUUAUGUUUGGUUCAGUUCCACCUCAGCUAUCAAGACUUGUUAAGCUUAAUUCUUUAUCAUUAGAUGAUAACUACUUCAAUGGAAGUGUCCCUGAUUGGCUGGAUUCAUUGUCAAAUCUCACCAUUUUGAGCUUGAAGAGUAACAGGUUUAAUGGUCAGUUUCCUUCUUCAAUAUGCAGAAUCACAACACUAACUGAUAUGGCCUUGUCUCACAAUCAGCUUACUGGUAAAUUGCCUGAUUUGAGCACCUUAAGUAGCCUACAUAUGUUGGAUUUAAGAGAGAACAAGUUAGAUUCUGAGUUACCUGGACUGCCAAAAGAGUUGAUUACAGUUCUCCUAAGCAAUAACUCGUUCUCAGGAAAAAUUCCUGGGCAAUUUGGUCAGUUGAAUCAGCUUCAACACCUUGAUUUCUCUUCAAAUCAUCUGAGUGGAACACCUCCCUCUUCCUUGUUCUCCCUUCCAAACAUCAGUUACUUGAAUUUAGCAUCCAAUAUGCUGAGUGGAUCACUUCCAAAUCAUCUUAGUUGUAGCAGCAAACUUGGGUUUGUCGAUCUUUCUUCAAACAAGUUCAUCGGUGGACUUCCCUCUUGCUUGAGCAGUAUGCUAGAUGAGAGAGUAGUUAAAUUUGGAGGGAAUUGCUUAUCCAUUGAUUCCCAAAAUCAGCAUCAGGAGUCAUACUGCUCUGUGGCGAAUGAGGAGGGGAAACGAUCAAGAUGUAGAGCGGUAGGAAUAUUAGUUGCUGCCAUUGGCGGAGCUGUUCUUGUCAUUAGUCUUUUGGCUUUUGUGGUUGUUAUUUUGCGCAGAAGAUACUGUUCUAGAAGGAAAUUAGAGCAGAAUAUAAUUUCCAAGGUUGAACAAGCCAAUAUACCAAAUGGGGUUUCUUCUGAAGUCCUAGCAAAUGCCAGAUUCAUUUCUCAAGCAGCCAAGCUAGGGACACAAGGUGCCCCGGUAUGCCGUGUAUUUUCCUUGGAAGAGUUGAAGGAAGCCACAAACAACUUCGAUUCAUCAUCAAUUAUGGGAGAAGGCUUGACGGGGAAGAUUUGCAAAGGAAGAUUGGAGAACGGAACCUAUGUUGUUAUACGAUGUCUGUCUUUGUCGAAGAAACAUUCAAUUCAAAAUCUCAAGGUUCGCUUGGAUUUGGUUUCAAAGCUGCACCAUCCACAUUUGGUUAGUCUGUUGGGUCAUUGCGUUGACAGUGGAGUGCAAAAUGAUUCUAGUAGCACCAAAGUCUACCUUGUUUAUGAAUAUGUGUCCAAUGGAAACUAUCGUACUCAUCUAUCAGAAACAUGCCCCGAGAAAGGCCUCAAGUGGCCAGAUAGAUUGACAAUUCUUAUUGGUGUUGCCAAGGCUGUGCAUUUUCUACAUACCGGCGUGAUUCCUGGUACUUUUAACAAUAGACUAAAAACAAAUAAUAUAUUGCUUGACGAGCAUCGGAUUGCGAAGCUAACUGACUAUGGAAUGUCAAUUUUCACAGACGAGAUUGAAAAACCUGAGGCAAAGGGAGAUGGCCUGAAAUCAAGCUUGGAAAUUCGUAAUACGGUUAUGCGAGUAGAUGCACAAUUUAUGGUUGAUUCCUCAUUUAGAGCUUCUGUAUAUUGUACUAUGAUUUGCAUUGUAGAAGAAGAAAUGGAUCCUUAA